AUGCCGGCCCGGCACCACCCGGCCAAGCAGGCUUGGCGGGGGGUCAAGCUCGCCUCCAACCCCGGCGAUACAAGCGUGCUCUCAGCCAAAGUGUCUACCGCCAGGGCGCCCGAUUCAAAUGCGCGCCAUCCGGGCCGCGCAAGCCGCCAAACAAGCAGUGGAUGGGCGGUUGUGGUCCGGCCGAAGGAGGGCGUGGGAGGGUCGGCCACCUCGGGCCGUUGGGCUGCACAGACCGCAUUUGCAAGCGUUGUGCUACCAAGGGCGCGGACACACCUCAAGCCAGCAACCCCCGCCGCCGAAAACCGAGACCCUCGGCGACCCUGCCCGGGCUCCCCAGGGUGCAUGUAA